CUUUUAUCACGUAACCUAAGUACAGUCAUGCCAAUAUGUGGUAUAGUUGGAUGUACGAAUAGACCAAGUUCACAGAAAGGUAUUAGUUUCCAUAAAAUACCAACAAUCAUAAAAGGUCAAGGCGAGGAGACGCAAAAGUUGUCUGAGGAAAGGCGACGAUUAUGGAAGGCGGCAAUAAACAGGAAAGAUAUCACCUCGGAGGAGAAAUGUGAUCGAACCAUUGUUUGUUCAAAGCACUUUGUAGGCGGUAUCAAAGCCUAUCUGCAUGACAGAACCAGUCCAUCCUGGCUUCCAACACUAUGUUUAGGGCAUUCAGCAUGUACUCCAGAAUCAGCCACCAGUAGAUAUAGGCGAGCCAGACAGCGUGGGGAAAAAAGGAAACGUGCAGAUGCAAUAACUUCACUCUUAAACCUAAAAAAAUCGAGGCCAGAAUCUGACUUGAAAGAACGUGAACACCCUGAACUUCAAAACAUAAGUACAAGUGAUGGUGAUUCUUUCUUUUACGCUGGUGAGGGCAUUGAACAAGACAUUCAGCACACUGCCUCUGAAGUACAAGGACCCACAAAAUUAACUAAAGACAUUCAAACUUUAUUAACAAUUAAUGGUAUUGAGAACAUUGAAAAUGACAAUAAAGCUAGACUUCAAGAGUCUAACAGCAGAGUGCCCUUCACACGUCAAGAUCUAUACAGUUUUGAAGGGUAUGAAAAAGAUCCAAACAAAGUUUCAUUUUAUACUGGACUGCCCAAUUUAGGAAGUUUGAAACUAGUGUUUAAUUUGAUAGAAGCACAAAUGAGUAAUAGCUAGCUCAAAAAGCCUGACAAAAGAAAACCAAUUUUUGUUAUGCCUUAUAAGAUUAAGAAUGAAUUAUACUUUUCAAGACAUGUCAGUUCAGUUAAAUGUGUCACUUGCCACAAUUCAGAGAUGUUUUCAUUCCACACUUGAUAUUCUUUAUAAAAGGCUGAGUUUUUGGUGCACUGGCCAGAAAGGGAGCAUGUUAGAGAAUCAAUGCCAAUGGUAUUCAGAAAAGAAUUUGGUGACAAAGUUGUUGUUAUACUUGAUUGCUUCGAACUCACAACAGAAAAACCUAGUGGGCCUCUGAACAAGGUGCACACAUAUUCUAAUUACAAACAUCGCAAUACAGUUAAGUAUCUGAUAGGGAUAGCCCCUCAAGGUACAAUCACUUUUAUUUCUGAAGGGUGGGGUGGUAGAACCUCAGAUUAACACAUCACGGAAAAGUCUGGACUGCUGGACAAUCUUUUACCUGGUGAUAUUGUCAUGGUAGAUAGAGGUUUUUCCAUUGAAGAAUCUGUCAGUUUUUACCAAGCUAAAUUGGCAAUUCCCAGUUUUACACGAGGGAAAUCACAGUUGCAUCCAAUGGAAGUAGAAAAGACAAGAAAAAUUGCAAAUGUACGCAUUCAUGUAGAGCGGGUUAUUGGUUUGGUUUGAAGAAAAUUUAAAAUUUUUGACAGCA